AUGCCUGAAUACAGUGGCUUUGACUAUGGUCACUCGACGAUGAUGGGUGUUGAUUCGUACGGCAUGUCAAUCCCGCCACCCUAUGCUUCGCUGCCGCUACCCUUGCCCUCGCAUCACUGGCCCAGCAUGAUGACUCCACCGACACCUUUCCAAGAAAACGGCUUGCCUCCAGUCCCAGCUCCAACUUCUGUUUCACCCUCGGCUCCCGCGCCUCCGGGUCGCAAGUCCUCAACGAGUAGUACAACGCCGCGCAGAACCCUGACCGACGAUGAUCGUCGCCGAAUGUGCUUAUAUCACGAGCAAAAUAAAACUGCUAAACAAACCGAUAUUGGAGCAAUGUUUGGUGUGGAGAGAAGUACCGUUUCCAAGGUCUUGCGCCAGAAAGAAAAGUAUCUCAGCCUCGAUGAUGGUCAUCGCUCACCCAUCAAGCGAGCGAAGGGUAGAAUCCCUGAUAUUGAGAAAGCCCUAUCCAACUGGGCCAGAAACUACCAGCGCCAAGGUUUCUCUUUAAGCGAUGAAAUGAUCAAAGAAAAGGCCCACUUCUUCGCGGUCACUUGUGGAUGCCCAGAAGGUAAAGAAAGAGUGAUUACCAAGGCCUGGCUGGAGAAAUUCAAGCAAAAGAACAGCCUGAUGGGUGCAAAGGCCCGAAAGGGAGUUCGCAGCGGCUCCAACAGCCCCAGUCGUAUCAAUACCGACUCAACGGGCGAGUCCCCUCUUAACAGUCCCACUGGCCAUUCACCAUUGUCUGCAACUGGAUUUGGAUCGCCCCUGUCGCCAACUCAUAGCCUAGAUGGCGUGAAGCGGGAGCCGAUCGAUGGAUUGCCUGAACUGUCCGGUGGCUAUCAACAUGGUCACUCCCAAAGCACCACCUCAUUGGACACAACCUCUACAGGAAUGACCAGCCCGUCGUCGACAUUGAUUUCCGACAGCCCGUUUACUCCAACAAGCCAAUCUCGUCUUCCAUCAUCAGCUGGGAUCCAAUCCCGACCACGCAGUCAGACAUUCCCGCUCGCCCCCAUCGAUCCAACUUUGUUGACAGCAGACGAGUCUAUGGAUCAACAAUGCAGCAAAUCCGACUCCCGGCAACAGCUAUCGGUGGCUAUUCUCGAGUCACCUUUGGAAUUGGGUGAUGAGGAAGGCCAAGCCACUGUCAAAGGCGCCAAUCCUAGUAAGAUUGUCAAGCGCAACCGCAGCAACCCGGAGAUCAAGACCAAGUCGAUGCAACCCCCAUCUUCGCUCCCAACCCCCAAGUCUACUGGCGUAUCACCGAUCAGUGCCCCUGGUUCUCCGACUCAAGAUGAAGCACGGCAGGCCUUGGAACUCGUCAUGAACUAUUUCCAACAUCAACCUGCCGGUCUUCAGGCACAGGAAUAUGUCACUAUCGGAAAGCUCAUGGAGCGCCUUGAGCUUGCUAAGGCUCAAUACAACCCUCUCAUUGGUGGGCUGGCAAGGAUCGAUGAACAUGAGGAUUCGCCUCGCAUCACCAAGAAGCGGAGUAUCCACAAUCUCGCAUGA